CAUGCUCAAUGAGGUCGUCCUCUCUACAAGUUGUGCCAUCCAACGUGAAGUAAAAGAUGGCUGGUAAACCUCAUAGCCCAAGAAACCAGGUGCUUCUGGGAGGCAUCUCCCGGUACAGUAGGUCUGCUAUGUAUCGAAAGAGAUUCCUCUACAAGCGUAAGAAGGUGGCAGCCAAGGCUGAUAACCCAGCUGAGCCUCUCUACAGGGUUAAGCCCAUCAAGGGGGAAGAUAACGGCAAGACAAGAGAUGUCCUGUUAAAGAAAUCGCCUCGUUACUACCCGACAGAGGAUGUCAAGCGUAGGAUCAGCUCUCGUAAGCACCCCAAACCUGGCAAGGUCCGCUCGUCCAUCACUCCCGGAACAGUGCUCAUCAUCCUAGCAGGGCGACACAUGGGCAAGAGGGUGGUGUUCUUGAAACAGCUCGCGUCUGGCCUUCUCCUAGUGACUGGUCCGUUCUGUGUGAAUGGUUUCCCCCUAAGGCGUGUGUGUCAGUCAUACGUCAUUGCUACGAGCACUCGACUGGACAUCAGUACUCUCAACAUCCCUGAGGGGGUUAGUGACACCUAUUUCACAAGAUCCUCAAGCCAGAAGGACAAAGGAGGAGACCUCUUUGCAGACUCAAAAAAAUCCUACCUAGUCAGUGAUGAGCGUAAGGAAGAUCAGAAGAGCGUUGAUACCCAGUUACUCACUCUGAUCAAGAAUGUGCCCAGUAUGAGACAGUACCUCUCUGGACGAUUCUCGCUCAAGCAUGGACAGUACCCUCAUAAGAUGAAGUUUUGAUUAGCCUAUGUACUGCUUUCGUUUUCUUGAAUUUAUGAUGGAUUUGAAUUGUCUCCAAUUAUUAAGUUAUUCUUACCAUGG